GUGAGGGUGAGAGCGUGCAAGGCUGCCCGUGGUUUGAGGCGACCUCAGCCAAGGGUCCCUCACUGCAGAAGAUCCGGGACAACUGGAAGGUCUUGCCCCCAGAACCUAACGACGGCAAUGUGGCCGACAAGUGGUGCGUCGUGCAGACUGGUGGUUGCUCAAUUUCCGCAAAGGUGAAGUUCUGCGUGGUCGGUGGAGCGGCUGGGGUUCUCAUAAUGGAGGCUCCCGGGGAUGCUCCAGAUUCGGGGCUGCCGGUGCCGGACAAGCAGGGCCAGGUCUACCUCUCAGAAGGGGAAUCCCUCGCAGAUCUGGUGCCUGUUCUCUUCACCAGCUACAACGCACAGCUCUGGACGGCACUCUUCAACGGAGAGGACCAACGCUUGACGGCCGGCCCCGGCGUAGGCGUGCGCCCA